AUGGAAGUCGUGCUUCCACUCCAAGAACAAAGGCUCGGCCAGCAUGAUGUCCAAGACAGAGCUCGAGCCUACAAGAGCAGAAACAAACGUCCCUGUGAUUUCUGCCGCUACAAGAAGGCCGCUUGUCAUCUUGAGCACAAACCGCCUUGUGAAUUAUGUCUGCGUUAUGGCAAGGACUGCACAUUUGUAGAGUCUCCUGCGAAGAGACGACGUCCCAAUACCAACGAAGAACGUCCUCGAGAGCCCUUGCUACCACCCAGCAACUUUGACCUCGGAAGUGAUCUACUCAGUUGGGAACCAUUGCCAUCCUUCAUGACUGCCAGCUUACCUGGAGGCCUGCCUGGAGAGUACAAAUUCGAUUCGCCAAUGUUCGCUCCCUUGAUGUUUGAACAAUUUGAUCCCGUUCAAGCAGGUUUAGCACCACCAUCGUCUCGUUCCACACGCACCCAGUCCGUGGAAUCCAUUCCAACAUCCUUCUUCGACAAUGCCCAAGAGCCCUCAUUGGAUGUGCAAGGCUCUAGCAAUGCCCAGGUCGUUGGUCUGAGUGGCGAGCGCGACCCUUUUCUACUUCGCCAUUUUAUCUGUGACGGCAACAACGAAUGUAUAUUCCAGAAGCACCGUCUACGAAGAGUUGGAGAGAACGACAAGAUUCCCGUUCAUUUCCUCAUUCAGCCAAACGAGUUGGCCGCAAAAUCUCAACCCGCCGGAGACCUUGGCAUGUUAGACAACUUCAGAAGAGAGAUCAAGAACAUGAUUCAUGACGAUAUCGGCAAGAGGCUCAUCAGAAUUUUCUUCCGUUUCGUACAGCCGUACUUUCCGAUCUUGUCUCGAGAGCGCAGCAUGAACAAUGGCGACUACGACCCAGAAGCCUUCCCAACUUGGCUUCUUGCCGCGGUCUAUGGUCAUGCACUGCCAUUCUGUAUCUUCGACGAUCAGCUUUGUGUCGAUGUAUACACUCCACCAUCUGUCGACUCCCUGUUCCAGAUCGCUUGGUCAGCUGUGCAACCGAAUUAUCAUACCCCAUCGCUAUCAGUCGUCCAAACACUUCUCCUGCUUGUGCAGCGGAAACCGACAAACAAGCACGUGGCUGAUACACCAGCCAAGUGGACAAUGGUCACAGACGCAGUCUCAAUCGCUCAGUCGCUAGGCCUCAACCUUGAUCCAACCGACUGGCCGCUGCCUCUGUGGGAGCAACGACUCAGAAGAAGACUGGCUUGGGCUGUGUUCAAUCAAGAAAAGUGGAUUGCCUUGAACACCGGUCGAAGCUCACACAUCUUAUCAGACGACUGGGACGUUUCUCCGCUGACACAAGACGAUUUCGAGUUCGCUGAAGGUAGCGAUGACCGAGCCUACUCGGAACAUUUUAUUCAACUUUCAGCACUUACAGAAAUUGUGGACGAUAUCCUUCGUAACCUGUUUUCAAUCAAGGCAACCAAAAAACUCUGCAGUUCUCUCGACAUGACGCUGGAAGUGGCUAAACCGCUGAGAGUAAGAUUGAGCCAAUGGUACCAGGAGCUGCCCUCAGAUCUCUUGCCCACGGUCAGAACUGGACACGGGCAUGAUCUGAAUGCGCAGGGAGGACUGCAUCUAGCCUACAUGACAGCAAAGGUUCAGCUGUUCCGUGCUAUGCUCCGUCCAACGAGCGAACCAGACACACAAGCUACAAAUGCAUUGCGAACUGGAGCGAUAGCCAUGGGCAAAGAGCUAUUCGAGUUCCUUGAAAGUCUGGAUGCCAAUCAUAUGGAAGCUUUCUGGCCAUCCUACUCUCGCACCAACUUUGCCAUAGCGAGCAACUUUAUGGUCUUGCUUUUUGUCACUUCUCCAAACACGGCAGAUGCAAAAGAAUGUCUAGAUCUGCUCAACUCGUGGAGAAGCUUGUUGCGAAUCAAGUCUUGCAGUUGCGAUUUACUGAAUCUGGCAUUGUUGAGAUUGGAUGUUUUGUCCGUUCGCGGGCUGGACAAGUUGAUCAAUUUCUCGCCAUCUGCUUUACAAGUUUUCAGAGAGCAGCAGACGGUUUAG